AUGGGAGCAGAGGCCCCUCCCUCGCCUCCCCCCUCAGCCCUCCCUCGCCUCCCCCCUCAGCCCUCCCUCGCCUCCCCCCUCGGCCGCUGUCAGCCUCGGUCUGUCCAGGAGCAUGACUCACUCUCAGACGCCCCACUGAGCAUGCUCCAGUCCCCUCUGCAGUCUGUGGCUCUGGGCCUGUGGAGCCAGCACCAGAGCGCCCCCAGAGGUAACACCUGUCCCUAUGGUCCGCCUCCUCCCAUGUACCAGGCGCCACAAGGCCCGCCCCCCCAGCAGUACCAGCCAAUGCCACAGCAGUACCAGCAGCAGCCGCCUCCCAUGGCCCCGCCCACUCAGCAGAGCUCAAUCCAGAUUCCACUUGGGUCCGUCCCACCCAAGGUCGUGAGCACGGCCUGCAUCUACCCCUCCCAACCAGCUCCUGCCCUGGCCCCUCCCCAACCUCAGCCCUGCUCUCCAGCCCCUGUCCCCGCCCCUACCCCCUCCGCCCCCUCCCCCUCUAACCGCCCCCCCUGGGUGACCGAUACCAACUUUGCCGACAAGUUCGACCCAGGCAAGAUGACCACCAUGACUUCAAAGGUGGUGCUCCCCCAGGGCGCCCCCCCUCCCCCUUCAUACAUCCCCAACCCCUCACCUGCUGGCCCCCAUGCUCCCUCCGCCGGCCCCCCCGCUCCUAGCCCUGCCCCCGUGAACUCGAGCCCCGCCCCUUUCCUCCCAGUGGCCAGGGGCGUGGCUCAGCGCGCCGAGAGGUUUGCAGCCAGCAGCAGGACGCCUCUGUGCGGCGCCUGCAACAGCAUCAUCAGGGGCCCCUUCCUGGUGGCCCUGGGCCGCUCCUGGCACCCAGAGGAGUUCCACUGUCAUUACUGUCACAUGUCUUUGGCCGACGUCAGCUUCGUGGAGGAACAGAACAACGUUUACUGCGAAAACUGCUACGAAGAGUUCUUUGCUCCGACCUGCGCUCGCUGCAACUGCAAGAUCAUGGGGGUGAGGCACAUGAUGAGGCACAUGAUGAGGCACAUGAGGAGACACAUGAUGAGGCACAUGAUGAGGCACAUGAUGAGGCACAUGAUGAGGCACAUGAGGAGACACAUGAUGAGGCACUUGAUGAGGCACAUGAGGCACAUGAUGAGGCACAUGAGGCACAUGAGGAGACACAUGAUGAGGCACAUGAUGAGGCACAUGAUGAGGCACAUGAGGCACAUGAUGAGGCACAUGAGGCACAUGAUGAGGCACAUGAGGCACAUGAUGAGGCACAUGAGGCACAUGAUGAGGCACAUGAUGAGGCACAUGAGGAGACACAUGAUGAGGCACAUGAUGAGGCACAUGAUGAGGCACAUGAGGCACAUGAUGAGGCACAUGAUGAGGCACAUGAUGAGGCACAUGAUGAGGCACAUGAGGAGACACAUGAUGAAGCACAUGAUGAGGCACAUGAUGAGGCACAUGAUGAGGCACAUGAGGCACAUGAUGAGGCACAUGAUGAGGCACAUGAGGCACAUGAUGAGGCACAUGAGGCACAUGAUGAGGCACAUGAUGAGGCACAUGAUGAGGCACAUGAGGCACAUGAUGAGGCACAUGAUGAGGCACAUGAGGCACAUGAGGCACAUGAUGAGGCACAUGAGGCACAUGAUGAGGCACAUGAGGCACAUGAUGAGGCACAUGAGGCACAUGAUGAGGCACAUGAUGAGGCACAUGAUGAGGCACAUGAUGAGGCACAUGAGGCACAUGAUGAGGCACAUGAUGAGGCACAUGAGGCACAUGAUGAGCCACAUGAGGCACAUGAGGCUCAGACACUGA